UUCAGUACCAGACCAUAUUAACCAAGAGGUACGCUGAAAUUUAUUGCCCAACUUCAUGCCCUAAAAAUCUAAAUUCGUCACAGGGAUUUAGAAGGGAGAGGGAGAGGGAGAGGGAGGGAGGGACAGGAGAAUUAUUGUGUGAUUUGUUUGGAGGUUUCGUUUCAGGAAGAUGUCUCCUGGGCUUGUGGUGGGCACAAUUGGAGGCCUCCUCCUCGCUCAUGCCGCCUUCUCCACCAUUCAAUAUCGAUCGGUGCUGAAGAUCACAGAGGAUGAGUUCAUUGGGCCUCCUGCUAAUGUUUUAUUUGAGCUGCUUAUAGGUUUUGCUUUGUGCUUUUGGGCGUCUUUGACCGUGCCAGGGAGGUUCAUAUCGAUCUUGCUAGAUUCUGAAGAGAACAGGUUUGUUUCUUUAGCAGACAAUCUGGACUUCAUGAUUUUCAACCACCGGGGGAAGAUAUUCCCUUCUCUGAUUGGCUCCAAGCUGAAAACUUGAGACAUACUACUGUCUGAGGCACGAGUUUGGAUGCCUACUCUUUUUGGAAUUGCUGGGAAAUCUGUUUUAUAACUUUUUCUUGGGUAAGUCACCUUGGGGUUAGGGGGGCCAUCAUGAUAUAAAACAACAGUUGUUUCAUAGACAUGGAAGACCUUCCCAUCACGAACCUUUCUUUGGAUCAAAAGCUAGAUGGACACCUUAAUGUUGGAUCUAUCAAGAAGGCAAAAGAAGUGUUGGUUCCUUGUUUGGUCAUUAAAGAGAAUUCUUUGGGUUUGUUAACCCAUUAUUUUUGGCAAAAAAAUUAUGCAAGAUUGUGAGAAUUUGGCAACCUUUUUGAGUGGAAGUUGGCUCAUGAUCUCACUCAGGAUAACUUGCAGAUUAUGUUACGCA